AUGUCUCAACCGCCCAACCUGCCGCCUAACCAGGCAGGCUCGUCGGAUACACCUGCUGCACAACAUGUCCGACAUGGCAUCCUUCGAAACGCAUCAACCUCCAACCGAGGACAAGACGCCACAUCAUCCUCCCGCCAAAUGGAGAGCAUCAUUCCUCCUCUUGCAGACUUUGACGACGACAUGGACGAGGAGGAGGAGGACGACGAUUUUGACGAAAAGGAACUGACCGCAGACGAGAUCUAUCAAAACGCCCUUGGCGGUCGAUGGGGAGAAGGUCCCAGUAAGGUCGAUGUCGUCGACGCCGAGCGCGAUUUCCGAAAGUUGGAGCGAUCACUGACGCAAAUGUCUCGUCGCAGCAGCACUGGGCCUCCCGAACCGCCAGUUAUCCGACGCAGGAGCUCGCAUAAACAGCAGCCGCAGGAGCAAGCCGGUCUUACCCAAGACGAGCAGAUCAAGAAGGAGGGAGACUUUGAUUACGAGUCCCACCUCAAGACUAAGAUCCUCCCGGGAGUGCAGGCCAAGGGACUCAAGAGCAAGAAUAUGGGAGUCAUGUGGAAGCAACUGAGCGUUAUCGGAGAGGGUGUGGGCGAGCAGUUCAUUGGUACCACCGGGGAUCCCUUCAUGGCCCUGUUCAACCUUGUCAAUCCGUUCUUCUGGGUCCGCAAGUGCACCAACAGAGGCUCUCGAUCCAAGACAGUUAGCAAGACGAUCCUUUUUCCUAUGGAUGGAUGCUGUCAGGAGGGAGAGAUGAUUUUGGUUUUGGGUCGGCCUGGAUCCGGUUGUUCGACUUUGCUCCGUGUGCUCGCCAACGAUCGCAAGAAUUACAAGCAAGUCACCGGUGAGGUCAUUUACAACGACCUGAGUUCCGAGACGGUUGCAAAGCACUACAAGGGCGAGGUUCUCUACAACCAAGAGGACGAUUUCCACUACCCCACGCUCACGGUCCGUCAGACACUGGAAACGGCCAUCAAAGCAAAGACCCCGCGUGCUCGCUUGCCAGAGAUGGAGCGCCGCAAGGAUUUCCGCAACAUCUUCUUGGAUGUCCUCACCAAGAUGUACGGUCUCACGCGUCAGAAGGAAACCUUGGUCGGAAACGCGUUUAUCCGUGGUCUGUCUGGAGGAGAGCGUAAGCGUCUGUCAAUUGCCGAACAGAUGGCGACUCGCUCGAGUAUCAACAUGUGGGACGGUUCGACUCGUGGUCUCGACGCAUCCUCCGCAUUGGAUUACGUCAAGUCGCUCCGUGUUCAGACCAACUUGCUGAAACGUGCUACUAUGGUCUCGAUUUACCAGGCGUCCGAGAAUAUCUACGACCUAUUCGACAAGGUCUUGCUGCUGUACGAUGGUCACUGUAUCUAUUUCGGUCCGUCAGAGUUGGCACGCCAGUACUUUAUCGAGAUGGGUUUCGACUGCCCAGCUCGUCAGACCACGGCCGACUUUUUGACCGCCGUCACAGACCCAAACGAGCGCAAGGCCGCCCAAGGAGUGCACCCCAACGUUGUCGCCUCUAUGCCCAAGACCCCCGAGCAGUUCGAGGUGUUGUACAAGCAGUCGAUCAUAUACGAGGACACUAUUCGACAGAUGAAGGACUUUGAGACUCUGACGAACUCUGCCAACAAGGACGAAUUCUUGGAGGCGACUCGACAGAACAAGCAGAAGCAUGUGUCGAUCAACAACCCUUACACGAUCACGUACUGGAGCCAGAUCUGGGCCAUGACCAUCCGUCAGGUCCAGCUGACGAAGGGUGACGUUGCCAGCGUGAUCUCUCGCUAUGCGACUAUGAUCAUCAAGGCUGUUGUUGUCGGAACCUGUUUCUGGCAGCUCCCAACUACAAGCGAAGGCGCCUUCACACGUGGAGGUGUGUUGUUCUUCUCGCUCCUCUUCAACGCUUUGAUCUCCCAGGCAGAGCUACCCCAGGCUCUUCAAGGUCGCCCUAUUCUUUACAAGCUCAAGAAUUAUGCCAUGUAUCGCCCAUCCUCAUUCGGUCUUGCCCAGAUUGUCCUCGACAUUCCUGUCGUUAUCGUCCACAACCUUUUGUACGCCGUUGUACUCUACUUCUUGGCCGGUCUGCAGCGUACUGCCGCAAAGUUCUUCAUCUUUGUCCUGGUCCUCUCCCUUGCGACACUAUGCAUGACUAGCUUCUUCCGCAUGUGGGGCUGUGCAUCCAAGACGUUUGACGACGCCACCAAAUACUCUGGUGUGCUCUUGCUUGCAAUGAUUCUCUACUCCGGCUAUUUGAUUCCAUACCAAGCCAUGCAUCCUUGGUUCAUCUGGAUCUUCUGGAUCAACCCGCUCGCAUACGCAUUCAAGGCACUGAUGUCGAACGAAAUGUCUGGUCUCCGCUUCUCAUGCGAUGUUCCCUUCCUGAUCCCCAACGGCCCCGGAUACACUGAUCUGAACUACCAGGUCUGCACCCUAGCCGGUGCCAUGCCCGGUCGUAACUAUGUCGAAGGACCCGACUACCUCUAUAGCUCCUUCCGCUACAAGGUUUCCGAGAUGUGGCUCGACGUCCUCGCCGUUUUCCUCUUCUGGAUCCUCUUUACUGUCUUAACCGUCUGGGCCAUGGAGUCCAAGGAGUUUGGAAAGGGAGGCUUCAGUACGAACGUCUUUAAGCGCCCUAAGAAUGGAUCUGCCCGUGCUACUGCUGGAGGUCGUAUUGAGCCUGAUGUUGAGCAAGGUCAAGUGUCGAACGCCUACCCCUCUACUGAUCCUGCUAUUGGGGCUGGCAACGUCCAAGCCCAGGGUGUUAUUCCAAAGGAUAACCUCGUCAAGGGGUCGUUCUUUGCUUGGGAGGAUCUGGACUAUGUUGUCCCUUACAAGGCGGACCCCUCUGGCAAGAAGCAACUUUUGACCAAGAUUGCCGGUCUCGUCAAGCCUGGUACCAUGACGGCGUUGAUGGGUUCUUCCGGAGCCGGAAAGACUACACUCUUGGAUGUCCUGGCUCAGCGCAAGAGUAUGGGUGUGGUUACUGGUCAAAUCGAGGUCGACGGUCAGCCCUUGCGUCGUGACUUUCAACGUACUACUGGAUACUGUGAGCAGCUGGAUGUGCAUGUCCCCGAGUGCACUGUCCGCGAGGCUCUCCAGUUCUCGGCUCACCUACGCCAACCUGCUGAAGUCUCUGUUGCCGAGAAGGAUGCCUAUGUCGAGGAGAUUAUCAGAAUCUUGGAGAUGGAGAGUAUUGCUGACGCCCUGAUUGGAACGACCGAGUCGGGACUCGGUAUCUCGGUGGAGGAGCGCAAGCGUUUGACCAUUGGAGUCGAGCUGGUUGCCAAGCCCAAGUUGUUGUUCCUGGACGAGCCUACCUCUGGACUGGAUGCUCAAGCCUCCUACAACAUUAUGCGCUUCAUGCGUAAGCUCACGGAUCAAGGCCAGGCUAUUCUCUGCACAAUCCAUCAACCUUCCUCACAGCUGUUUGCCUUCUUUGACUCUCUGCUCCUUCUUGCCAAGGGUGGCCGUACCGUCUUUUUUGGAAAGUUGGGUCACGAUUCGACUAGACUGAUUAACUACUUUGAGAAGAACGGAGCCCCCCAGUGUGCAGCUGAUGCCAACCCUGCAGAGUACAUCCUGGAUGUGGUCAACGCCCGCCAUUCGGAUCUGGACUGGCCUGAUAUCUGGAACAAGUCGCCUGAGAAGGUUCAACUUUUGGAGGACAUCCGCAUGACCCGCAAUGUCAGCGGCGGAGAUGUCGUUCAUGACUCUUCUGCUGAGCUCGAGUAUGCCACCAACACUAGAACCCAGUUCAAGUAUGUCUUUUCCCGUAUGGCCAAGACCUUCUGGCGCCUACCCGGGUACAACAUUGGUCGUCUUGGCAUGUUGACCAUCUUUGCCCUGUUGAACGGAUUCACCUUCUUCCGCCUCGGCAACUCUGUGGUCGAUCUACAGUCACGUGUCUUCGUCGUCUUCCAGAUCCUCGUCAUGGCACCCUUGCUUUGUAACACUGUAGAGCCUAGGCUGCAAACGGAACGUCAAUGGUUCUUCCGGGAGCAAGCGGGCAAAUACUACAGCUGGAAACCGUUUGCAAUGUCGAUCUGUGUGAUCGAGUUGCCCUUCGUCAUAUUUAUCGCGACUAUUUUCUUCUGUGUCCUCUACUGGACUGUCGGUUUCACGACCAAUCCCCUCUCGACGUUUUACACCUUCUUGAUGGUCCAGAUCUUUGUCGUCUUUGCCAUUACUCUGGGACAAAUGAUUGCGGCGUGGACACCUAAUGUUCAGAUUGCAGCCCUGUUGAAUCCUUUCAUCAUCUCAGCUCUCAAUCUCUUCUGUGGUGUCGUUAUGCCUUACGCGAGUAUGCCCAAAUUCUGGCGUUCGUGGCUCUACUGGCUCGUUCCCUACCACUACAUCGUCGAGGGCCUCGUCACAACCCAGCUCUACGGCCUCGAAGUCCGCUGCCAAGAGACAGAGUUCAGUAUUUUUGAAGCCCCCUCUGGCCAGACUUGCAUCCAAUACGCCGGCGCCUUCCUCCAACACGCCACAGGGUACCUCAACAACCCCGACGCGACCACGGGGUGCCAGUACUGCCAGUACUCCUAUGGCCAGGAUUUCUACGUGAACUUGAAUAUGAAUAUCGCGCAUCGCUGGAGAAAUGUUGGCAUUUCUUGUAUUUUCUUGGUCACCAACUUUAUCAUUAUCAUUUUGGGCAUCAGGUUCUUUAAGGGUAACAAGCGGUAA